AUGGGGCCCUCCAGCACCCAUUCCCUUGCCAGUGACUACACUCACUUUAUCUCCCACACACACAAACACACCCCCUGGGCCCCCUUCAGCAGCAGCAGUAGUGAGGGCAGUAGCAGCAGAAACAGCAGUAGUAGUGAGGGCAGCAGGAGCAAUAGUAGUGAGGGCAGCAGGAGCAGUAGUAGUGAGGGCAGCAGGAGCAGUAGUAGUGAGGGCAGCAAGAGCAGUAGUAAUGAGGGCAGCAAGAGCAGUAGUAAUGAGGGCAGCAGGUGCAGCAGUAGUAGUGAGGGCAGCAGUAGUAGUGAGGGCAGCAGUAGUAGUGAGGGCAGCAGGUGCAGCAGUAGUAUUGAGGGCAUCAGUAGCAGCAGUAGUAUUGAGGGCAUCAGUAGCAGCAGUAGUAUUGAGGGCAUCAGUAGCAGCAGUAGUAUUGAGGGCAGCAGAAGCAGCAGUAGUAUUGAGGGCAGCAGAAGCAGCAGUAGUAUUGAGGGCAUCAGUAGCAGCAGUAGUAUUGAGGGCAUCAGUAGUAUUGAGGGCAUCAGUAGCAGCAGUAGUAUUGAGGGCAUCAGUAGCAGCAGUAGUAUUGAGGGCAGCAGAAGCAGCAGUAGUAUUGAGGGCAGCAGAAGCAGCAGUAGUAGUGAGGGCAGCAGGUGCAGCAGUAGUAUUGAGGGCAUCAGUAGCAGCAAUAGUAUUGCGGGCAUCAGUAGCAGCAGUAGUAUUGAGGGCAUCAGUAGCAGCAGUAGUAUUGAGGGCAUCAGUAGCAGCAGUAGUAGUGAGGGCAGCAGUAGCAGCAGUAGUAUUGAGGGCAGCAGAAGCAGCAGUAGUAUUGAGGGCAUCAGUAGCAGCAGUAGUAUUGAGGGCAGCAGAAGCAGCAGUAGUAAUGAGGGCAGCAGCAGUAUUGAGGGCAGCAGGUGCAGCAGUAGCAGCAGUAGUAUUGAGGGCAGCAGUAGUAUUGAGGGUAGCAGGUGCAGCAGUAGUAGUGAGAGCAGCAGUAGCAGCAGUAGUAUUGAGGGCAGCAGUAGUAGCAGUAGUAUUGAGGGCAGCAGUAGUAGUGAGGGCAGCAGUAGCAGCAGUAGUAGUGAGGGCAGCAGUAGUAGUGAGGGCAGCAGGUGCAGGGGCAGCAGUAGUAGUGAGAGCAGCAGUAGUAGUGAGGGAAGCAGUAGUAUUGAGGGCAGCAGUAGUAGUGAGGGCAGCAGUAGUAGUGAGGGCAGCAGUAGCAGUAGUAGUGAGGGCAGCAGUAGCAGGGGCAGCAGUAGUAGUGAGGGCAGCAGGUGCAAGCAGCAGUUGCAGCAGUAG